AUGUCGUUUGGUGUAACACAAUUAUUUCAAACGUCAUCUGACCACGCAAAAGAUGGAGCAUUUGCAGUCGGAAUUAUCUACAUUGUGUUUUGUUCGACAAACUUAGCCCUUUCCUCGCAUCUGACUCAUCUAUUAGGUAUACGUUUGACAUUGAUUGUGUCUAGCCUGACAUACGUAUUUUUCAUCGCUGCUAAUAUUAAAUACUAUCCAUGGAUGCUGUACACUUCAUCAUUCUUACUCGGUCUUGGUGCUGCAUUAUUUUGGACUGCACAAGGUGUGUAUGUAACACUAGCAACGAAUGAACAUGAGCAAGUAAAUGGUUUAGCUCCAUCGUCAACACGAGGUUUUAUUAAUGGAGUCUUUUUGGGCCUGUUUUAUCUACAUCAAACACUGGGCAACCUACUGAUGUCCUUUCUGUUUUAUUCGAAGUUAUCGCAAUGGAUUAUUUUCGCCAUCAUGACAGCUAUUGCUGGAUUAGGAACCUUUAGUUUAAUUUGCCUUCGGCCAAUGAGAAUGCCUAAAAACACAGGUUUUACCUUUAUUUAUAUCGAUUUUAUAACAGAAAUGCUAUUUUUGCACUUAGAUCAACGGUCGGUUUUAUCACGGCUAACUAUACUUUGGGACUUGCCAUUUGUGUUACUUGUACCAUCGAUUUCUUACCUUGGUUUAUCCCAAGGAUUUAUCUAUGCUGCAAUUCCACCAUUGAUUAUUGAUAAUAGUAGAAAAUUUCUUAUCUUUGCUUUCUAUGGAAUAGUCACUGCUGUUUGCUCGAUCGUGUUCGGCAGAUUGAGUGAUUCGCGUAUACGUCGCUUGGACGUUUUCAUUCUAGGUGCAUUUUCUCAUACGGUUAUUUAUGCACUUUUAUUAACUAAGUGGAAGCCACCAUUGGAUCAAACACGCAUCGAGAUAUUUAUCAUCAUAGUCGCUGGUCUAGCAGUCGGAGAUAGCUUAUUUACGUCCCAACUAUUUUCGACACUUGCCGUCUUUUAUGGAUUCACUCGACCUGCAGAUGCAUUUGCAUCGUUGAGAAUAUUUCAAUCAGCUGGUACGGCAUUGAUAUAUGUGACUCAAGCAUAUAUUUCAAUUCAAAUUCAAUUGUUCGGUUUAAUCACUCUUGCGUCACUAGCAGUUGUUACACUUAUCUAUGAACAUUAUGGAGUCAAAUCUUUAGACACGGGAAAAACAAAUAUGGAAGUACAAGGACCAAGUAUUACGUUAUCAAAUAUGAAAAUAGACGAUGGUUUACCAUUGAAUAUUUCAACGAAUACUACUGUGUUGUAG